AUGUGUGGUGUGAAGCGAUUUGGUAUUCGGGGAAAGCUUAGUCCCCGAUACGUUGGACCAUUUGAGGCCUUGGAGCGCGUGGGUGCGGUAGCGUAUAGAGUUGAAUUACCACCGAGGCUUGUGGGAGUUCACAACGUGUUUCACAUGUCUAAUCUCCGCAAGUAUAUCCGCAAUUCUUCUCAUAUUUUGGAAUAUGAGCCGGUAGAGUUGCUCGAGGAUAUGACCUAUGAGGAGUAUCCAGUGUGCAUUCAUGCUCGAGAAGAGAAGAAAUUGCGAAAUCGUACAAUUUCGUAUGUAAAAGUCCAGUGGUGCAAUCAUGUGAGGUGUGAAGCCACUUGGGAACUCGAUGAGGCAAUGCGAAAGACCUAUCCUCAUCUUGUUGAGUAG